AGAAUUGCUCAAUGUUGCACAUGGAGACGAUGUGACAAGAAAUCCUGCUUAUAAUCAUUAAAUCCAAACCCCUCUUUGCUCUCCUGAAACCCAACACAGUUACAUCACAUUUUCACAAACUGUGUACUUUGUACUUUGACACUGACAAAGAGCGGCUGUGUAGAGUUUACCUACAGAGAGCAAACAAUGCAUAUUCAAGAAACUAUGGUGGGACGAUUUCCAUGGAAAAUCUGCUCAGCUCUGAUCUUAGCUCUUCUCACAAUUAACAUGCCCUGUUGCAAUAGCGGCAAGAUCCUGGUAUUCCCAAUAGAUGGCAGCCAUUGGGUGAAUAUGAACUUCAUAGUUCGGGAGCUGCAUGCAAAGGGGCACAACAUCACGGUGGUGCGUUCGAUGAGCAGUUGGUACAUCAAGGAAAAGGCAGCUCACUACACCUCGAUCUCCAUCCCUCUUCCUGAAGGGAUUAACAUAGAGAGUGAAGAGUUCAUGGCCUCAUUCCUGAGGAGGAUGCUGGAAAUCAGAAGAGGGGAGGGCUCCCCAUUAGCUUUCAUCAUCCUGCACAGGGAGCUCUUUUCCAUGCUUUCGGAAGCUCACAGGGCUGUGUGCCAGAUGGUGGUCACCAUGUUUGAAGACCAACAGCUAAUGAAGAACCUCCAGGAUACCCACUUUGAUUUGGUCCUCACAGAUCCUGGUUUUGCAGGUGGAGUUUUGGUGGCUCGCUACCUCCAACUCCCUAUGGUCUUCAAUGUCCGUUGGAUCAUUACUGGGGAAGGUCAUUUUGCCAUUGCCCCCUCCCCAAUUUCAUACAUCCCAACAUUGGGAUCCAGAGUGCCGGAUAAGAUGGAUCUUGUUCAAAAGGCCAAGAACAUGCUCCAUUAUGGUCUUGGCCUCUAUAUAGACAGAUUUGUUUCAAGCCCACAUUAUAAUGCCUUGUGUGCUCGCUACUUUGGCCCAGACGUUGACAUCUACAGUCUUAUCCAGUCUGCAGAUCUCUGGCUCAUGAGGGUAGACUUUGUUUUUGAAUUUCCGCGCCCCACCAUGCCCAACAUUGUCUAUAUGGGAGGCUUCCAAUGCCAGCCUGCCACGUCCCUGCCCCCCGAGCUGGAGGAGUUUGUGGAGAGCUCUGGGGAGCAUGGCAUCAUCAUUAUGUCCUUGGGUACUCUGGUCAAUGGUCUUCCCACUGAAUUAACUGAUAAAAUUGCUACUGCUUUUGCCCAGCUCCCUCAGAAGGUCAUCUGGAGGCACAUAGGGAACAGGCCUUCAAACCUUGGCAACAACACCCUCCUAGUUAAAUGGAUGCCCCAAAAUGAUCUCCUGGGACACCCCAAGACCAGAGCCUUUGUGGCUCAUGGGGGCACCAACGGGGUGUAUGAGGCCAUUUACCACGGUGUGCCGAUAGUGGGCCUACCGCUAAUCUUUGACCAGUUUGACAAUCUUAUCCGGCUGCAGGUGCGAGGCGCAGCCAAAGUUUUGGAAGUCACCACCCUUGACAGUGGGGAUCUCCUCCAUGCCCUGCAGGAGGUUCUCAGGGAUCCGUUCUACAGGAGGAACAUGCAGAGGCUCUCAAGACUGCACCGGGACCAACCCAUCAAGCCGAUGGACAAUGCCCUUUUCUGGAUUGAGUAUGUCAUGAGAAACAAGGGUGCAGCUCACCUACGCACAGAGUCCUACAAGAUGCCCUGCAAUCGCUUCAUUCCAGUCACUCCACGCCGAACAUUUCUCGUUCCAGUAAUCCUCAUCUCAAAAAUUCACAAGGAUGACCAGCACAUUUGCAGUGAGCGGGGAGCGAUGCUGAGAAGAGUUGUUCCUUGAACCUGCAGAAUCAAGAAAUGCAGCGGGUGGCUCACAUGAAUAUCAGGUCUCAAAAGGGAGGAAUCUGAGUUGGCAGGAGGUUGGCUUUGGGAGCCAAUGCUCUGAAUCUCUCCAUUUGGAAACGAGAAAGAGAACUGGCGAUUACAUUCAGGUGGCCGAGAAUGUGUUGAUCUCUGAGAAUAAACUGAUGAGUAACAGAUAACCAGUGUUCCGGCUGUGGCUACUGACAGUGAUCAACAUGAAGCUUUAACGGAAUGAAAGGUGCAAGCUUACCCCCACCCUCAAUCACAUCACCAUCACAGGAACCCGGAGAUAUUUAUCACGCAGCAAAACAGUCACUGAACACAUUGGUGUAACACAACAAGACAUCUCUUAACUUGCUUCAGAAGACUACAGACUGGUUGUGAUUGUUCUAGGUUGAUGAGGUGAAAAAAGAGCUUCUUGGAGAAAUUGUUCCUGAAAAAAAUGCCUUGAGAGAUCCUGCCGCCCAGAAUUUCACUUUUUAUAUGAACAAAGAGGACUGUACGCAAUAAUCCAGCCAAAUAUAUGCAGAAUGAGAUGGCAGGUAAACAGACAUCAUACAAAUAUUUGUCCUCUAUUACUCUAGGUCAUUUUUUACCUGAUAAAAUGAAAGGUGAUUCCAUGACUUAUCUUGACAUUUUACAUGAAAAUGAAUGCAUUAACACAGAAAAAGAUACCACAGCCUGUAAAGCAGAAGAAGAGUACUUUUACAGAGGAGGAAAAGUCACAUGGUUAAACUUUUACCUUUCUGAGAUGCAAGAAUCCCUACAGUUUAUCAAAAGGGAUAAGUAUGAAGAGCUGAAUAACUUAAUUCAAAAACAAAGCUGGCUUUCCAAAAGCUUAGUGUGUGUGAAUUUAUUUCAUUAUCCAGGCUGUGGUGGAACUACUUUAGCCAAGCAUGUUUUGUGGGAUUUGAGGAAAACAUUCAAGUGUGCCGUGCUUAACAAUAACUUUGCUAAGGCAGCUGCCAUUGCUGGUCAAGUGCUAGACUUGUUCGUAAAUGGAGGAAGGAAACAGACUGUACUCCUUUUAGUUGAUGAUUUGGAAGCAUCUGAAAAUAUUAUAGAACUGCAAAAGAACAUCCUGGAUGAAAUUGAAAAAAGAAACAUUCAUCAUAACAGCCCAGUGGUUAUAAUUUUGAGCUGCAUAAGAUCUGAGAAUCCUGCAGAAAGCAUGACUACAAGCUUCACAGACAGCCUGUGCAUAACCAACAAACUGUCAGAGACAGAACAAUCAUCAUUUGAGAAAAAACUAGAGGAGAUACAAAAAUCUCAUGAAAAUCACAAAACCUUCUAUGGAUUUCUGAUCAUGAAAAAUGAUUUUAAGAAAAGCUAUGUUGAAGAUGUCGUCCAAGAAAUGUUCAAGGACAGACAAGAACACAGUAAAGAAGCACAGCUAAUUUCCUUUCUAGCCUUGUUGAAUUCUUAUGUUUCCAAUUCUUCAUUGUUAGGGUCUGUUUGUGAGCGUUUUUUACAAUCUAAAGAUCCAGUGCAUGGCAGUAAACCUGUGGAAGAACAGAUGGAGUCUUUUUCUGGUCUUUUAAUUCGUUUUAAAAAUUCAGUGAAGACUGAGAGAGUACGCAUGGCUCAUAAAAUGAUUGCCACUCAGUGUUGUGAAGAGCUGGAAGCAAAAGAAGUAAGCAGGAGCAAGAUCACAGAAGACUUGCUCUCAUCUUUCUCUGUGACGGAAAUGGAUGAUGAUCCUUUGCUUAUGCGUGACAUACAAGAUUUGCUGGUCACAAGGCAAAAGAGCACCAAGUUUUCUCAAUUGAUUGAAGACAUACGUGAGGGUGAGAGAAGCAAUGACAAAUGUAUUGCAGUUUUGACCACAGCGGCCAAGUUGUUUGUAAAGAGUGCAGUUAUUCCUCAAGCUCUGGCAAGAUUUUAUUAUAUCAGAGAGGAAAACUAUUCAAAGGCAAGCGAAUGGGCAAAAUGUGCUAAAGAGCGAGAUGAAAACAAUUCAUUUAUUGCUGACACUUUGGGACAGAUUUACAAACAUGAAAUGCGCUCUAAAGUGAAAGAAAAACGUCCUGAUCAGUUGGAUAUAUUUCUCAGUGUGGUGGAAGAUUCCAUUGAUGCAUUUCAGGAGGAACAAGUUUUAGCUAAUAAAGAAGGUCCAGUUGACUUAGAAAAUCAGUGGACUAGAAAAAGGCCCUCGAUUUAUAAUACCAAUGGGCUCUUUGGCGAGUUACAAGUCGCUAGCCAUGUCUUUGACACUCUUUCCAAUUUGGACCCACUUAAAGAGGAAAUGGAGAAAUUCUUAAAACAUGAAUUGCAAAUUGACAGCAUCUGUAAAAAUGACAGUAACAAACAGUUCCUUCAGAUACUCAAGAAGAAGCCUUUUCUUACUACACUAAAAGACCGUGUUAAAAUGGUCUUUGAUUUUUAUGAGUCUUAUCUCACUUACUCCAAACCAAGUCAGAUGAAAGAAGAGAGUGAAUAUAUUCACAAAGAAGUGGCUGACUGUUUUCUGAAGUAUACAAGUUCUGAAUGUAACAGUCAUGUAGAAACCGAAGCUGUCGAUCAGAACAGGAAAUACCUAGAGGCCCAAAGAGCUGCAAGUUUUCCGGGACUCCUUCACUGCCUCUCUGAGAGAGAUGCUGACACAAUGGAGAAAAUUAAACAGAGUUGGCAAUGCAUUUAUAAUUCAAGCACAAAAACAAAAGAAGAUGACUUAAACUUUAUCUUGGCUAACAUUGUCCUGAACUGCAUCAACCCCGGGUCUGUGAAUAUUACAGAUCACACAGAACUGGAAUUUAUCCUGAAAAAUGUACUGUCAGAUAAAGAGAAAGACAAAUCCCAAACCUCAGCAGAGAUGUAUUUCCUAGCUUUGCUGCUGUUGUGGCCCAAAGAAGGGACCAAGUCUUACGUGGACAAAAUCUGGGAAUGCUUUCAGAACCAGUAUGAACUUCAUCUUCGUUCAAGAUUUAUUGUACCUCAUUUCUUCCUUGGACAGUCCUCAGGACUGAGCAGAGUUGUUCACAAAUCCCAAAUCGAUACCUGCUUGUUCACAAAUCCCAAAUCGAUACCUGGUGAUCUUUCUGAGAAGAUAAACACACUUUGGCACAAUGGAGAAUUAUGGAAAAAUGAUGAGGUCAAAAAACUACUGUGUCGUGUAGAAGGCAGAACCGAGGGUCAUGAGGUGUUUGCUCAGCACGGCAAAGUAAAAAUCAGAGUGCAGCCUGACAAAAGAGCAGACGUAAAAAAUGGCCACAAAGUCUCUUUUUACCUUGGGUUCAGCAUUAAAGGGCCCAUGGCAUAUGAUAUUCAGUACUCUGGGAGAAGCGCUGUAAAGAGAACAUGAAAUUGUUCAUAACAGAAAAGGCUUCUGUGGUUUGCUGCACACAGUGCCAGCAUCAGGGGGAGUGCAAGGUACCCAAAUAUAAUGUGUGUUCAUAUAAUGUUGUUUUUGCUUAUGAGUUAUAUUGACUGCAUUUGUGUUAUGGGCAAAGUCUUGAGAUGCAGAUGUUUUAUUUCGUAGACACUUUUAAAUACUUACUUUUAUAAAACAUUAAUUUAAAAAUCCUAUUGAUUUUUUUUGCUCAUUUUAGUGACUAAACAUAAUACAUAUAUAAGUGUGAGCUCUUCCCAAUUCUAAUGGGAUUAGAACAAUCAAAACACAAAUUUGCAAAUUGUGAGAGCUUUGACAAUAGGUCAAUUUUAUAGGUCAUGUGACAAUAGGUCAGUUUUAAAGGUCAUGUGAUUGCUCAGCUGGCUCAUGUUAAACUAGCUUUUUAUUAUUUCACAUUAUUUACAAAGAAAUGUAUUAUUAUUGCUAUUAUAAAUGUACUUUUAUAAAUUUCAGUUUAGAUUAUAU